UUACAAACGUACGAGAUAUAAUAUCCUACUGCCACGCUGCGGUGUAUUUAAGUACGCUGUUUCGCUCGUCGGUGAUACAUUCUGAGGAAGACGGUUCUACUUCUAUCUUCACCUUUGUCUCCGACUUCGGAGCCGAGUGUCGCCGCCCACCACAAACUAUAUAAGUUUGGCGACACGUCCGUCAACCCAUCAAUCAUGUGGGCAUUCGUCGUGUGUGUUUUAGCUUGUGCACUACAGGUGUUUAUAGCCACCUCCGCUCAGGAAUCAGAUUCUAAAUUUUGGAUUGAAAAUGGAAAACGAAUGUUGGAAGAAAGGUCAAAAUUAAAAUUGCGAACAAACCAGGCAAAAAAUGUGAUAAUGUUUCUGGGAGAUGGUAUGUCAUUGACCACAUUGACGGCUGCUCGAAUAUACAAAGGUCAGUUACAGAACACAACUGGUGAAAGCGAACACUUGAGUUUCGAACAGUUUCCGUUCACCGGAAUAUCAAAGACGUAUUGCGUCAACAGUCAAGUAGCCGAUUCAGCAUGCUCCGCUACAGCAUAUUUGUGUGGUGUCAAGACUAACAAAGCCACGAUUGGAGUAACGUCUAAUGUACUCUUAGGAGACUGUCCAGCAUCGGUGCCCGAAGAACAUCGCGUGACUUCCAUAAUGCAAUGGGCGCAAUGGGCUGGUAAGGCAACCGGAAUUGUAACCACGACCCGGGUCACCCAUGCAUCUCCAGCAGGUGGUUACGCACAAAUCGCACACCGAGACUGGGAAUCUGACAAAGAUAUGAUAAAAACAUCCGGUGGCCAAACCAAUCUCACAGAGUGUGAAGACAUAGCUAGACAGCUAAUAACAAAAGAUCCGGGUAGAAAUUUCAAGGUUAUCAUGGGUGGCGGUCGUGAUAAUUUUAUGAAACAGGGAAUAAACUCUACGGGCAAACGUAAUGACGAAGACUUAAUACAAAAUUGGAAAAAUGACAAAAAAACUCGGUUUGGUGAUAAGGUCGCGAAGUACAUAACGACCAGAGAGGAACUAAUGAAUACGGAUAUGUCUAAAACUGAUUUUGUGUUAGGACUUUUCCACCAAAGUCACUUGGACUAUAGAUUAAAAUCCAAUUUCGAGAAACAGCCUACGCUGCAGGAAAUGACCAGGAACGCUAUUCAGCUUCUCCAGAAAGAACCGAACGGCUACGUUCUUUUUGUAGAAGGUGGUCUCAUUGAUAAGGCUCAUCACGCGACGUGGGCGAGAAUUGCUCUCGAUGAAACUUUAGAAUUUUCAAAAGCAGUGUCGGAUGCUGUGGCGUUGACUAGUGAAGACGACACAUUAAUCGUGGUGACUUCAGAUCACGCGCAUACCAUGACGAUGGCUGGUUAUCCUAAACGAAACGAGAAUAUUCUCGGUUUGACAAACUCAAUUUCCACGGAUAAUAUGACGUACACGACCCUGAGCUACGCCAAUGGUCCAAAACAAUCCUUCACAAAUGAUAGCACUUGCCAUAGAAUCAACGUAACAAGCGAAGAUUUAAAAAAAAUUGACUAUGCAUAUCCAAGUCUAGUUGAUUUAGAGGAUGAGACUCACGGAGGAGAUGAUGUUAUGGUAUUUGCGAGAGGUCCUAUGUCACAUUUAUUCACUGGAAACUACGAGCAAAAUCAAAUUGCUCUUGGUAUGGCAAUGGCUGCUGGUAUUUCCACGAAUCCACCAACUUCUACCUCUAAUAGCAGUGCCAUUCGACCUUUUAACUUAGCUGGACAAACUGUUUUUGCAGUAUUGUUGUUGGGUCUCAUUGGAAUUUCACGGUCUAGUUUAUAAAUCUCAAAAAAAUAAUAUGACGAAUAAACUGAAUUUUAUUUGUAAGUUAAAAAUAUUAUUUAAAUUAAAUAUAUAUAAAUAUAUACACUAUUAAAUAUAAUCAACAUUUUUAAAUAUA